AUGAAUGAAGAGAAUGAGAUUUUGGGUUUCUGCGCAUUAUCGGAAGGAUGUAUAUCAUAUAUAAUUUCAUUUACUUCCUCGAAAGCUGCAUGUAUAGCAUCUGCUGUUUCUUUGGCAUUCAAAUCUGCUGCUGAAUCUAAUACAGUGUGGAAGCGGUUUCUUCCGCCGGAUUAUCAAGAUAUUAUUGCAAAAUCGGUUUCUCCGGUGAUUUAUUGUUCCAAAAAGGAACUUUAUUUUCAUCUUUGUGAUUCUCCUCUCCUCCGUGACGACGGCAAACUGACUAAUUAUGCAGCAUAUCUCGUAUUCAAAACCCAUCAGAAUUCUUAUGGGCUCGACUCCUCUUCCAAGGCGUCUGUCAAACUUGUUCAACAAAGCAUAGCCGAGAUUGAAGGCAAGAACAACAUAGUAUAUCUAAAACAACCAACUCGUAGACAUGGAAGGUUGAGACAAUUGGGUGUAAAAAAUAUUGAUGGUUGGCUCGCGAAAGAAAGAAGGGAUGGGUGGAUGGAGAUUGAAUUGGGAGAAUAUUUCAAUGAUAAAGGAGAUGAAGGUGAUAUUCAGAUGCAACUCCUGGAGAUCGAGAAGCUUCACUGGAAGGGUGGCCUUAUUAUUGAAGGUAUUGAGCUUCGCCCCAAGGAGGUAUAG